AUGGCGACAGCGGUAUUAAAGCAGUCAGUGUUGCUCGCGCGAGGUACUCAGUCUCUAGCCGAUCUUCAGACGACUAGCGGGAAGAAGGGAGGAAAGGCGUCGUCGUUUUUCGGAGCAUCUGUGGCAGUGCACGCAAGGUCUAGGUUUCUCUCCGGUGCUGCUGUCUGCAGACGCGUGACCGUCCGCGAUACGGCCAAUGUCGCAAGCCGUCGCUUCAACUUGUCGCGUGCGACUGCUGCGUACACGACGGCAAAUGUUGCGACGCAUGACGUCGAGAAGGCCUAUGAGGUGGCGGACGCGGAGGAGCUCCUUAAAGAGCACGGAGCGUGCGGUGUCGGCCUGAUCGCAUCGCUAAAGAACGAGUCCACGCAUAAGAUUAUCGAGCAGGGCCUGACGGCGCUGGGGUGCAUGGAGCAUCGCGGCGGGUGCAGCGCCGACAACGACUCGGGCGACGGCGCGGGGCUCAUGACGGCCGUGCCUUGGGAUCUCCUCGACAGCUGGCAGCAGGAGAACGGCCGCGGCCCGCUCGACCGCGCCGCGACGGGCGUGGGCAUGGUGUUCCUGCCGAAGAAGGAGAGCGACGCCGAGACCGCCAAGAAACUGGUGGAGGCAGUGAUCAAGGAGGAGGGGCACGGGCUGCAGGUGGUGGGGUGGCGCCAGGUGCCAGUGAACGAGGCCGUGGUGGGCCCCUUCGCGCGCGUCACGCUCCCCGCCAUCCAGCAGCUCGUGCUCUCCGUGCCAGGCCUCGCCCCGGACGACACGGAGCGCGAGCUCUACAUCCUCCGAAAGCUCAUCGAGAAGGCUGUCACACGCACCAUCGCAGCAGAGGCAGCAGCCGCGGGGGUGCCAACAACAGAGCAUCCGUUGAACGACCUGUACUUCUGCUCGCUGUCCAGCAAGACGAUCAUCUACAAGGGCAUGCUGCGCGCGGCGGUGGUGGGGGCGUUUUACGCGGACCUGAAGAACGAGCUGUUCCGCAGCCCGUUUGCCAUCUACCACAGGCGGUUUAGUACCAACACGACGCCCAAGUGGCUGCUGGCGCAGCCCAUGCGGUUCCUGGGGCACAACGGCGAGAUCAACACGCUGCAGGGGAACCUGAAUUGGAUGGUUUCGCGCGAGCCCACGCUCACGUCGCCCGUGUGGCGCGGCCGUGAGGCGGAUAUCUUCCCCGUGGUUAAUCUCGCUGCGUCUGACUCGGCUAAUCUGGACGGUGUUGCUGAGCUGCUGCUGAACAGUGGCAGGCGGCCGGAGGAGGUGCUGAUGAUGCUCGUGCCUGAGGCCUACCAGAACCACCCCACGCUCUCCGCCAAGUACCCCGAGGUGGUGAGUUUCUACGAGUACUACAAGUCGCAGAUGGAGGCGUGGGAUGGACCUGCCCUGCUCGUCUUCAGCAACGGGAGGACAGUGGGAGCGUGUCUGGAUCGCAACGGGCUGCGCCCGGCGAGGUACUGGAGGACCAACGACGACAUGCUCUACGUCGCCUCUGAGGUGGGAGUGUUGAACAUGGACGAGGCGACCAUCGUGAGCAAGGGCCGCCUGGGGCCAGGCAUGAUGAUCUCCGUCGACCUGCACACCGGCGAGGUGCUAUCCAACACGGCCAUCAAGCGGCAGGUGGCGAACGCACACCCCUUCAAGGAGUGGCUCGAUAAGGAGUCACGUCAGAUCGUCCCCAUGCCAUUCGCUGCUGAGCCAGCCCUCUCCCCUGACGAAGUGCUCCGCAGGCAAAAUGCGUACGGGUAUUCGAGUGAGGACGUGGUGAUGGUGAUAGAGAGCAUGGCAGCGCAGGCCAUCGAGCCCACCUUCUGCAUGGGCGACGACACGCCGCUCCCCGUGCUCUCCGCGCGCCCCCACCUGCUCUUCAGCUACUUCAAGCAGCGCUUUGCCCAGGUGACGAACCCGGCCAUCGACCCUCUGCGAGAGGGCCUGGUGAUGUCACUGGAGAUAGCGCUGGGGCGGCGAGACAACAUCCUGGAUGUGGGCGCUGAGCACGCCAACGUGGUGCGUCUCACCUCGCCAGUGCUCAACGAGGCGGAGAUGCAGGAGCUCAUGGACGACAAGCAGCUCGCAGCAGCGCGCCUGCCCAUCUUCUUCGACGUCUCCCAGGGCGUGGAAGGCGCCCUCUCCCGCGGCCUCGACGCCCUCUGUGCUGCUGCUGAUGCUGCUGUUGACUCUGGAGCGCAGCUGCUAGUGCUGUCGGACAACGCCGACCAGCUCGACGCCACCCGGCCGGCGAUCCCGGCGCUAUUGGCCGUGGGCGCCGUGCACCACCAUUUGAUCCGCACUGGGAAGCGCCUGAAUGCGUCGAUAGUGGUGGAGACGGCGCAGUGCUUCAGCACUCACCACUUUGCGUGCCUGGUGGGGUAUGGUGCCAGUGCUGUGUGUGCGUACGGCGCCCUGGAGACGGUGCGGCAGUGGCGGGCGAGUGAGAAGACGCAGAAGCUCAUGACGUUUGGCAAGCUGCCCACGGUCACCUCGGAGCAGGCGCAGCUCAACUACCGCAAGGCGAUAGAGAAGGGGCUGAUGAAGAUUCUGUCCAAGAUGGGCAUAUCGCUGCUGUCGAGCUACUGUGGCGCGCAGAUCUUUGAGAUCUACGGGCUCGGCGCCCCGGUCGUGGACCGCGCCUUCAAGGGCUCCGUCUCCCGCAUUGGCGGACUCACUCUCGACGAGCUCGCAAACGAGAGUCUGACAUUCUGGGCGAAGGGGUUUGGCGCGGAGGGCAAGGGGAAGCUGGAGAACAUGGGGUUCCUGCAGGUGAGGCAGGGCGGCGAGUACCACAGCAACAACCCCGAGAUGAGCAAGCUGCUGCACAAGGCCGUGCGCCAGGGGGAGCAGACCGCCUACUCCGCCUACCAGGCCCACCUCGCCACGCGCCCCGUCAACGUCCUCCGUGACCUGCUCGAGCUCGACACUGCCAGCCGCACGGCGAUUCCCCUGGAGGAGGUCGAGUCGGCGGCGUCGAUCGCCACGCGGUUCUGCACCGGAGGCAUGUCUCUGGGCGCCAUUUCCAGGGAGUGCCACGAGGUGAUCGCGGUCGCGAUGAACCGGCUGGGCGGGAAGAGCAACUCGGGUGAGGGCGGAGAGGACCCGAUGAGAUGGGUGGAGCUGGAGGAUGUAGAUGCAGACGGGCGGUCGCCCACCUUCCCCCAUCUCAAGGGGUUGAGGAACGGCGACAAGGCGACGAGUGCGAUCAAGCAGGUGGCGUCGGGGCGGUUUGGCGUGACGCCGACGUUCCUGGCGAAUGCGGAGCAGCUGGAGAUCAAGGUGGCGCAGGGGGCGAAGCCGGGCGAGGGCGGGCAGCUGCCGGGCAAGAAGGUGUCGCCCUACAUUGCCCAGCUCCGGAGCUCCAAGCCGGGCGUGCCACUCAUCUCGCCCCCGCCCCACCAUGACAUCUACUCCAUUGAAGACCUUGCUCAGCUCAUCUUCGACCUCCACCAGGUGAACCCAGCGGCGAAGGUGUCAGUGAAGCUGGUGGCGGAGGCGGGCAUCGGAACAGUGGCGAGCGGAGUGGCCAAGGCGAAUGCGGACAUCAUCCAGAUCUCGGGGCAUGAUGGCGGCACGGGCGCCAGCCCCAUCAGCUCCAUCAAGCAUGCUGGCGGGCCCUGGGAGAUGGGUCUCACUGAGACGCACCAGACACUUCUCGCCAACGGGCUGAGGGACCGUGUGGUGCUGAGGGUGGACGGGGGCAUCAAGUGCGGCACGGACGUGCUCGUGGCGGCUGCCAUGGGCGCUGACGAGUUUGGCUUUGGGUCGCUCGCCAUGAUCGCCACGGGGUGCAUCAUGGCUCGCAUCUGCCACACCAACAACUGCCCUGUGGGGGUUGCUUCUCAGAGGGAGGAGCUGAGGGCGCGCUUCCCAGGGGUGCCGUCAGACCUGGUCAACUACUUUGUCUUCGUUGCAGAGGAGGUGCGGGUUGGGCUGGCAUCACUGGGCAUGAAGAGUCUGGACGAGCUGGUGGGGCGAGUGAACGCACUCAAGGCCAGGGAUGUGGCACUCGCUAAGACCAACUCCAUCGACCUCUCCUACCUCCUCACCUACCCCGGGGUGUCAUCAGCAAGCAGCACGGAGCGCAUGGCACAGGAGGUGCACUCCAACGGGCCCAUGCUGGACGACACCCUCCUCGCCAACCCCACCGUGAUGGCGGCCAUAGAGCAGAACAAGGUGGUGCAGCUGGCCACGCCCAUAGUCAACACGGACCGCUCCACGUGUGGCCGCGUGGCGGGCGCCAUUGCCAAGCGCCAUGGGGACUCGGGCUUCACUGGUGCCGUCAACAUCACGUUCAAGGGCAGCGCAGGGCAGUCGUUUGGGUGCUUCCUGGCAGGCGGGAUGAACAUUCGGCUCAUCGGCGAGGCCAACGACUACGUGGGCAAGGGCAUGGCGGGGGGGCAGAUCGUGGUGGUGCCGUCCAAGGCAGCGACCUUCCAGGCAGAGACAGCCACCAUCAUCGGCAACACGUGUCUCUACGGCGCCACGGGCGGGCGGCUGUUUGUGCGCGGGUGUGCGGGGGAGCGCUUCGCUGUGCGCAACUCCAAUGCGCAGGCCGUGCUGGAGGGCGCCGGUGACCACUGCUGCGAGUACAUGACUGGCGGCACCGUCGUGGCCCUUGGCAAGGUGGGGCGCAAUGUAGCAGCGGGCAUGACGGGAGGCAUCGGGUACUUCCUGGAUGAGGACGACACCUUCUCCCCCAAGGUGAACCGGGAGAUUGUGGCGAUGCAGAGAGUGGUGUCACCAGGGGGCCAGCAGCAGCUCAAGUCGCUCAUCCAGGACCAUGCGGAUCUGACGGGCAGUGCCAAGGCGGCCGCCAUCCUGGCGGAUUGGGACAAGUUCCUGCCGCUCUUCUGGCAGCUCGUGCCGCCCAGCGAAGCCAACUCGCCAGAAGCCAAGGCGCCUGCUGCUGAGGAGCCCGUCGCUGCUCUUGCAUGA